AUGCUUGCCCUUGGGAGGAGGUGCGCGGGCGGGCGUCAAGUUGGCGUCCUCCACAUUACUGCGGUGGCGCGAGUGCGUAUGGGGGCCGGCCCUUUUCGUCAUCAGCAGUCACUGUUUUGCAGCUCUUCGGUGCUGUUUUGUGCCGGGGGCGGCGGCAGCAGCAUCGCCGCAGGGGAUGCAGUGACCGCUCGAGAUGCGAAGGGAAACUCGUUGAUUCGGGUGAAGCGACUCCCGCUGACGCUGAUAGAAGAAGUUCCUCUCCCAGAGCGUGUCUUGACGGACCUGGAGCUGGUAAUGAUGGCGUGGUGCGAGGAGCAUGCGCGGCAGUACGCCAUCAUCAUGAUGGCCAUUCGGGCGGCCAUUUUCUUAUUGCUGCUCAUCAUUCUUUACGUAUUCUACCGAACUCAACUCUCCAGCGAACGCAUGAUACGCGGGGUGGCUCACAUGCCGGCGGACCUUCGCAUUGGCAGCGUAGUUUACUUUGACUUCGCAGAGAACGGCGCAGAUAUUGGCCGGGUUGUCAUUGGGCUUCUCAACGAGAACUGCCCCCUCUACUGUGAGUACUUUCACCGACGGUGCACAGGGAGCGGUGAAACAGGCGACUCCUUCCGCGGGAUGCAGUUGGCCGCCAUUGUCCCACGGCACUGUUUGAUUUUUGGGGACGGGCGGGAGAUGACCCACGAAGUCACCGGGUUUAAUUCUCACUACUUGCCCACCGAGCACCUCGGCACGGGCUCUUGGCGAGGGGCCUUGUCGUCGAUUGCGUACGGCGUCAACAAGGAAAGCCCAAACUUCGCCAUUCACGUCUCUGCAGGUGACUAUGCCCCGCAGAUCUUCGCCUUAGUUAUUGGCGGCUUUGACGUGAUUGAAAGAAUAAAUUCUGCGGGCUCAAAGCAUGGAAACGCCCCAAAGAAGGACUUUACAAUCGUAGAAUGCGGUGAGUUGUGCACGCUUGCCAAGUCGCACAUCAUUCCCAUGCCGUGGAAGUUGUACGAAGGCAUUUCUCGAGGGUACGACGAAGAAAAGUUUGGUGAGAGGCUUCCUCGCGACUUCCUUGAGAGGUCCGACGCACGCUCUGCCGCCACGCUCUUGGACGGCGCGGCCGCUGAGGGGACGGUAGGAAAGGCAGCAGCGCCUUGGUGGAGAUUUUUGUGGUGA